CCUUAGCCAACAUAAAUUCCCCAAGAAAAAAUAAAUAAAUUUGUAAUUAUGUCAAAUUGAGGAGUAUAAAUAGAAAAUAGCUUGUUUUUCUACCAAUGCCUUUGCAAGCAAUAAACACAAUGGCUCAGAAUGCAGUAGAACCCAUGCAGGUUGAUGCACCGCCGGAAGAUAACGAUAAUAACGAAGAAGAAAGUUAUGUAGUCGAAAAUCCAUCACUAGAUCUUGAGGUGUAUGCCAAUAGCUACACAGGCUUGGCCAGAUUAUAUCGGCUGAUCUACAUUAUUGACCAUUGUCCUUCUCUAAGACUAGAAGCUUUAAAAAUGGCCAUAUCUUAUGUUAUGACCACAUAUAAUGUUAAUCUAUAUCAAGUACUUCAUCAGAAAUUGGCUGAAGUAACAACAGCAAUCAGUGUGCCUGAUGUUGCAGCUUCAUCAACUUCACAAGACAUUCCCUCAAUUGACAACUUGUGGAUGGAGACAAGGUCUAAAAAAGCCGCAUUAAAAUUGGAAAAGUUGGACAAUGAUUUAAAAAAUUAUAAGUCAAAUUCUAUUAAGGAGAGUAUUCGUAGGGGACAUGAUGAUUUGGGCGAUCAUUAUUUGGAUUGUGGGGAUUUGUCAAAUGCUUUAAAGUGUUAUUCUCGAGCUCGUGAUUAUUGUACCAGUGGAAAGCAUGUAGUUAACAUGUGUUUAAAUGUUAUAAAAGUUUCAGUUCAUCUUCAGAAUUGGUCGCAUGUGUUAAGUUAUAUUUCUAAAGCUGAAGGUACUCCAGACUUUUCAGAGGGUCAAGGAAAAGAUGCAAACCAAAUUAUUAUCACAAAACUUAAAUGUGCUGCUGGUUUGGCUGAGUUAGCUACAAAAAAAUACAAAUCAGCUGCAAAACAUUUUUUGCAAGCUAAUUUGGAUCACUGUGAUUUCCCCGAGCUGUUAUCUCCCAAUAAUGUAGCUAUGUAUGGUGGAUUCUGUGCAUUGGCAACAUUUGAUAGGCAUGAACUGCAGAAAAAUGUUAUAUUUAGCAGUUCUUUUAAAUUAUUUUUGGAAUUGGAACCUCAAUUGCGCGAUAUAAUUUUUAAAUUUUAUGAGUCAAAAUAUGCUUCUUGUUUAAAAUUACUAGAUGAAAUUAGGGAUAAUUUGUUACUAGAUAUGUAUAUAGCCCCACAUGUCAACACAUUGUAUACUCAGAUUAGAAAUAGAGCUUUAAUCCAAUACUUUAGUCCAUAUUUGUCAGCUGAUAUGCAUAAAAUGGCAGAAGCUUUCAACCGAACUGUUCCUGCCCUGGAGGAUGAGUUGAUGCAACUUAUUUUAGAAGGGCAAAUUCAGGCUCGAAUUGAUUCCCACAACAAAAUUUUAUUUGCUAAAGAUGUUGAUCAAAGAAGUACUACUUUUGAGAAAAGUCUACUAAUGGGAAAAGAGUAUCAAAGAAGAACAAGAAUGUUAAUAUUAAGAGCUGCUGUUUUAAAGAAUAAAAUUCAUGUUAAAAGCCCGCAAAGAGAAACAACUGGUAACUCAGGAGAAAUUACUGUGGCUCCUGGAACAAGUACCGCUGUUUCUGCCAGAACAUAAUGUGUUUUUAUUUUCUAUAUUAAAUAUUGAUGCUUUAGAUCAUUUGUAUAAUAAAGGAUAAAUUAAAAAUUUUAAAGUCA